AUGUCAAAACCUUCUUAAUCUCAAAGAAAAUCAAUUACAACAACAACUAGAGAUAAUAUUUAAGGAAAGUUAUUAGGAACAAAUGUGAAAGAGAUUAAUGUUGAAAAAUUUAGAGAUGCUAAAUAUACUCCUAUUCCAUACAAGCUAAAUGGAAAACUAACAGAUUAAAUAUUGAAAACGAUUUCAAAUAAAUUUUCGACUGAAUUAAUAUUUCACCUUGAUUUAUCGAAUCAGCAAUUAUAAAAUGUUGACGCACUUUAGGAAUGUAAAAACUUAGUGCUUCUCAAUCUAUCUAAAAACUAAAUAAAAGAUUUGUUUCCUCUUUAACACUGUGUAUCAAUAACUUUCUUAAAUGUAUCAGGAAAUCAGAUUUAAUACUUAGAAUAUUUGAAAGUAAUGAAAUAGUUAACAAAUUUGCAUGCUGAAGAAAAUAGAAUAAAGAAUAUUAAAGGUUUGAAAGGAUUGGAAGAAUGUGAAAAUCUUAAUUCUUUAUUCUUACAGUCUCUAAGUGGUAAAGAAUAAAAUCCACUUUGUAGUGAAGAGGGUUACAGGGAUACUGUUUUUUCUUAUUUAUAAUAACUUAAAAGACUAGAUAGCGUUCCUAGGAAUGUAAAAUUUGAAACUGGAGAAGAAUUAGAUAAAUAAGGGAAAUAAAAUGUAAAUAUAGACCUUAAUACUCCAGGAUCUUUUUUCACAAAUUAAUUUCCUAAAAAUACACCUUUCGAAAAAGAGAUCUAAUUAGAAGGAGAAGAGUCUUUAAAAUCUUCACUAAAGGAUUGUAAAAGUUAAAUAAGUCAACUUGAAGCAAGAAUCAAAGCAUUAAUGGCUUGA